AGGUGUCUUCUAUUAUCUAACCCCAAAUAUAAUACAGUGAGUCCAACUCACGAGUAUAUUAAAUAUCAGUAUAUAACUACUCACCUUCACAAAGUCAAUACUAUCUGUGACGGGUCAGUAACAAAAUGGAGUUUGCGGUGUGCCAUGAAAAUACAGGUCCUGAUACAUGGUAUAACAACUACCCUAUAUUCUCGAGCGGAAAGAGACAAUCACCUAUAGAUAUAGGAACAGAAUAUGUUGAAUACGACUCGUCAUUGUCACCAAUCAAGAUCAAUUACAAACCAGAAAAGCAUUUACAUAUAGUCAAUACAGGUUUAUCUGUCAGGGCAGACAUCAAAGAAACUUCAGAAAUCAGUGGAGGACCACUCGAUGGAAAAUUUCGACUCGAACAAUUCCAUUUCCACUGGGGAUCAAAUAGUAAUAAAGGUUCAGAACACACACUUAAUGGUUACACCUAUGCUUCUGAGCUUCAUCUAGUGCAUUGGAAUAAAAGUAGAUAUAAUAGCUUUGGUGAAGCAGCAGACAAGUCUGAUGGUUUGGCGGUAUUGGGAUUCUUCAUUAAGGAAGGAAAAGAACACAAAGAAUUAAGAAAACUGACAGAUGGAAUUCAGAGGAUCUUUGAUAAGGAUGCUCUAACAAAAAUCCCGGAUAAGUUUGACCCAAAGCACAUACUACCAUCUGAUUUGAGUAAUUACUGGACAUAUGAUGGGUCGUUGACAACACCUCCAUUCUAUGAAAGCGUACAGUGGAUUGUGUUUGCUGACAUGAUAGAAAUGUCUGCCGAACAGCUUAAUCAGCUUCGAUGUAUGAGGAGUUGUUCGUGUGAUGGAAGAUAUAUCAUAGACAAUUAUCGCUGCCCAACUCCUCUUGGAGAGAGGAGGCUAAGGUCAUCAUUCAGAAUGCUGUCUACAUAUUUAUAAAGAAGUGCUAUUAACAAUUACAUCACAACGUUUAACGUUUCAUAUCUGUAUAUAAUGUUUCCCCUGUAUAGGUUUAUUUAUUUUUCUGAAUGGUUGUUCAUUAUUUUUAAUUGUUUUAUUGGACAAAUGUGAUUUUCAGUCAAAUUCUAGCAAUAAAUGAAUUUAUAUAUAAA